AUGGAAAAAGAACGUAGCUUCAAGUUUUUCCAGAAAAUCUCCGAAACGUUCUCGAACGUGAUGACCAAGUUGCAGGAUAAUGUCCCCGCGGCAGACUCGCAACCAAAAACCAUGCAAGUCAAUAAUCCAACGGGAUCAGGGGUUUCAAGCUCUGCAUGGGCUACCCUUUCGUAUUUGAUGGCAAUUUCUCAAGCAAUUCCCUACGUCGCUGAAGUUGCCUUGGUAUCAUCCUUGCUUAGCACUACAGAAGAGGCAGCGAUGCAGCAACUUCGAUAUCUGUUAGGUGGCUCUGAAUUUGGACCGUUCGCCCAAGAUGGUCAUCGGCCCCGCGAGCCUUUUUUUGAUCACACUCGCACCUAUCCUGGCAUUGUAUGCCGCUUCUCGCUUUUGGAGUUGAGGAUGGGUUGUGUUGGAUUUGGUCGUUCUUUCGAAAUCGAGCACUACGCGUUAUUUGCGCAGGAAAAGCUGCCGCCGGCUGAACUGUCGUGA